AUGCCUCAGCUUUGCGUGGAAGUUCCCCGCAUCCUUCUUGAGCUUGAACAGCAUCUCCAGCGCAGCAAACAGACAUCGGUGCCUGUGUUUACCCAAAAUGGGCGAUCAGACGACAACUCCAGUUUGCACCUGGCAGCGACUAGCCCAGGACAAGGCGGUGGCGGGUACCCUUUCCGCAGUGCCAUACUUGAAUACAUUUCAUUGGACCCGUCUUAG